AUGAAAGACAAGUGCUGGAUAUUUCAUCCUCAUCUCAAGCCGGCCAAGUUCAAGGCUAAUCUCUCUAAGGAAGUGACUAGCGACAAAAGAAUCGGGUCGUCAAAACAAGGAGAUGAGGCGGCUAUGACUGCAUCCUAUGGUGAGGUGGUGAGGAAAUCUGACUUGGAGGCACUCAUUCGAUCCAUUGCCUCACUCAAGGAUUCUGGUAUCACUUUCUUUGCCUCUAAUCCGAGUAGUUCACUUGUUGUUGACUCGGGUGCUUCUCACCAUAUGAUUAGUAACCCGAGUUUGUUAGACAACAUAAAACCGGCUUUAGGAAGUGUUAUUAUAGCAAAUGGAGAUCGAAUACCAGUAAAGGGAGUAGGGAACUUGAAACUAUUUGAUAAAACCUCAAAAGCUUUCUUUAUGCCUACAUUUACAUCAAAUCUCUUAUCGGUACUUAGGUCAGAUAAUGGAGGAGAAUACACAAGUCACAAGUUCAAGGAACACCUUACCAAACAUGGGAUUCUACAACAAACUACCUGCCCAUACAAAUCCCAACAAAAUGGUGUGGCGGAGAGGAAGAAUCGACACCUCAUGGAGGUUGCAAGGUCGAUGAUGUUCCACACAAACGUCACUAAGAGAUUUUGGGGUGAUGCUGUCAUGACGGCCUGCUAUCUAAUUAAUAGAACUCCAACAAGAGUCUUAAACGACCUGUCUCCAUUCGAGUGCCUGGAGAGCAAAGAAGUAAACUCGAUGCUAAGAGCACCAAGUGUAUGUUCAUCGGUUACUCCACAACUCAAAAGGGCUAUAUGCUAUGAGCCGACCACAAGUCGCUUAUUUGUCUCUCGGGACGUGAAGUUCAUGGAAAACGCUGGCUACUUCGACAAGAAAGAUUGGAAUAGUUUAAAGGAUCUUUCAAGUUCACCAAAUGACCGAGCGUCUAGCUUGAGGUUCCUUCUUGAUCACCUCGGCAACCCUCCACCAAAGCCGAUACGUGAUCAAAGUACGUCUCCCUUGACCAAUGGUGACGAAGAGUCACCAAUCCCUACGAAACAUUCUGACGCUCCGGGCAGUAAUGCACCUCAUGAAGCUACUAAGACAGUUUGUGCGAGUGGCGGCAAGGCAACAUAA